GACACGCGACUAUUAGCACAUCGUUCAACGAAUAAUAACAACGAUACUGUUUAUCGACCGUCUGGAAAUUCAAUAAACGUGGACGAUGAAAAUUGGAAAAUUUAACGAACGAUGGAAAAGCACGUCAGCCCUGUCGAUCUAUUACGACGAAAUUCGAUAGUCACCGAUCUGUUGAUAUCGUUUGUCAUUUGUUUGGACGUAGAUGAUUUUUAUUUCGCUGAUUGUUAGGAGCGGUGCGAGCGUCUGGUCAGGACUGGCACGAUCUACUGUGCUCCGUUGAACGUUCCAUCGAUCGAUACCGCGAAUCGAUAUUUACGAUUCGUUGUCUUCGCCGUUGUUAUCGUGGCACGAUUAACACUGCGUGCAGCGCACGACCGGUAGAUCGAUGCCGCAACUUGAUUAUCAACGAUUGUGCCGCGAUUUAUACAAUCGAUAAGGUUGAGCUUGGUGCUGUACACUACGUUGCGUUGGUCGUCCGACGAUCGCUCGCAGACGUCUGAUCGCCAGGGACGCGUAACGUGUUCUGAUCGAUGCACUCGCGCGCCGAUAUUCCUACACUCGAAUCAACGACUAUUAUUUUGUAUCGCUCCGAAUUUUUUUAAGGAAUUAUACUUUGUAGCUUCUCUGUUCGAUUCCUUAGAAUAUAUAUAUUUCGUUUGAUGCAUCGUUUCCUAUUAAUUUCGAUAUUUAGUCUUCGCGAUGAUGCAUUCCUACAUGAAGUCACGGUAACUUCGUUGUCCUCUGUUAACGUCUUGCCGUUGACAAUAAAUAUUUAAUUAUUAAAUAUUUAAUUUACCUGGUCGAUAUAAUGCCGCGUCAGAAACAUGGUUUCUGUUUUAUUGUAUUAUGCUUUGUAAAUUCUCUUUGCGAUUUAUAGACGAAUUAGUAAUUUUAAAAUAUCGACUGAACGAUUUAACACGAAAGUAAAUAAUAUUUCUCGAGAUACACGUUUGACGAUGUAUUAGAUGUCCGGCAAUCUCAUGAAAUAACGUUAUUCUAACCAAUAUCGAUUGCCAAACCUGUUACACAAUAAGCAGUUCGUGGUAUUGAUUUUAUUGUAAUGCACGUGUAGUAUCCCUGUGCCGAGUGAGAAAAUCACAAACAGAUGCGUUUCAAAUUAUCUUCUUCCUCUCUCGACACCCGAUGCUGAUAAUCUAAUUUUACGAUUAUUAUAUUCUACAUAUCCUACAUUUCUAACUUCAAUUCUAAAUCUGCGAUAUCAAAUAAUUACGAUAUCAUAACCAUCGGAUAAUUCUACGUCCGAAUCUAAAUAUCCAUUCAACGAAAUACAUAGUAACCAAGGAGCAAAUAAUAUUUCCUAUUCCUCUUUCUUCUUUUAAUCGAUAAGAAAGAAAUUUAUAUUGGAAAAAUACGUUCUGGUAUAUUAAUACCGACGAUAAUGCUAAUGUUACAAUGGUAGCAACAUUGGUAACACCGAUGCUUCAUAAAUUUAUAAUAUUUUUUCUUAAUAUAUUCAUGAGCUUCCUGUCCAGUGAUACGAUGGACGAUGACGUUGACGAGAAGGAUGACACGAAACGAAAAUCACGAAAUCUGAGCGAAAAGAAACGGAGAGAUCAGUUCAAUAUGCUCGUGAACGAACUUGGUAGCAUGGUCAGCUCGAAUACGAGGAAAAUGGAUAAAUCCACAGUACUGAAGUCCACCAUUUUGUUUUUAAAAAAUCACAACGAAAUAGCUGUCAGAUCGAGGGUACACGAGAUUCAAGAAGAUUGGAAACCGUCCUUCUUGUCCAACGAAGAAUUUACGCAUCUCAUAUUAGAGGCUCUGGACGGUUUUAUAAUGGUAUUUUCUUCAAGCGGGCGCAUUUAUUAUGUGUCUGAAAGCGUCACGUCUCUUCUCGGGUAUCUUCCGAACGAACUGGAGAACACGACGAUCUACGAUAUCACUUAUCAAGAGGAUCAAUCUCCUCUCUACAACGUACUUCUGAAUCCUGCAAUCACAAAAGACCAACGAAACAUUAAACAGGAGGAGAAAAUAUCUUUUUCCUGUCAUAUCAAAAGAGGAGGCAUAAAUGUUCAAGAAAACCCAAUAUACGAGCUUGUGCAAUUUGUCGGAUAUUUUCGUUCUGACGUCGAUACGGACGCGGAUAACUUGCUUCCGAACACGAAAUUCAGCAAUACUAGUGGAAUAGAUACGAAAUUAGUUUUCGUGGGUACAGGACGCCUCCAGACGCCACAGUUGAUUCGCGAAUUAUCGGUGAUGGAUAACACAAAAUCGGAAUUCACUUCGCGACAUAGCCUCGAGUGGAAAUUCCUAUUUCUGGAUCAUCGAGCGCCGCCUAUUAUCGGAUAUUUGCCAUUCGAGGUGUUAGGCACGUCUGGAUAUGAUUAUUAUCACGUGGACGACUUGGACAAGGUGGUUACUUGCCACGAAUCACUGAUGCAGAAGGGUGAAGGAACCUCCUGUUACUACAGAUUCCUCACGAAGGGGCAACAAUGGAUAUGGUUGCAAACUAGAUUUUAUAUCACGUACAAUCAGUGGAAUUCGAAGCCUGAAUUUAUCGUCUGCACGCAUUACGUUGUCAGUUACAUCGAUGUGAUUAAGGAAUUGCGCAAGGAGUCGGAAAGUUUUAACAAGGAACAGAGUCAGGAUGUUCUGAUGCCAGUGGAACAGCAGGUGACCGCGUCUCGUCCAGUGCCUCCGACACAAUGGCCAGCGAAAUCGUCGAAAACGUCGAAAUCGAUAGCGUCGAACACACAGCCACGACAUCACGUGGAGAGCUCCGAUAGUUCGUCGAUGUCGGCGUCUAUGCAAAGCUCGCCGCAUUCGCAGAUAACGCACGUUUCACGAUCGAAAGGCGCCUCGGCGAACAGCUCUGUGCCGUCGAAAACUCAAAUGCCUCAAAUCGAUAACAGACAACAGCAGCAACAACAGCAGCAGCAACAGCAGCAACAGUCGCAACAACAAUCUUUGUUAGAGGUUGAUCAAAGUUGCAUCAACUUUAUGGAACAGGCGCAGUACACGACUGUUAAUUUGCAACCUGUGGUUAGCACAGGCUUCGUAACUCCUGCCGCGCCAAUUAUAUCCACAUUGCCAACACACGAGAUGUUACAUCAGCAAGAUAUCGUGAUGACACCAGCACAGAAUCAAAUUCAAGACGAGCUGCAACGGAAACACGAAGAACUGCAACAAUUAAUAGUGCAUCAGCAAGAAGAGUUACGAAGAGUGUCGGAACAGUUGUUCAUCGCUAGAUACGGUAUUUUAUCGCCGUUGCUCAAUACGGGCAUGCCGUACAAUACUGCGAAUACGUGUCAACAGAUGAAUAGGUGCAAUACGAACAAUUCGAACGUUCAGUUGCCAACGUCUAGUAACGUUCAAGGAGUAAACGUUCUUCCUUUACCGAUUACCGUUCCAGUGCCAAUCGUGCCUACAGAGUUGUUCUCUCAUCCAUUGACGGUCAGUCCAGUGCCAACGAUGUCGACUACAGCGCAAGGUAACGUAGGUACGAUGAUCCAAACGCAACAGCAGCAGCACCAGCAGCUGCAACAUCAGCAACAACAGUCUCAACAGCAAGCACCAACGCGACAAAAUGGCAACCCACCGGAUCUCGUGCCUUUCCAAAUGUGUCCACAUCAAGCGGACAUACUGUAUAACGAGAUAGAGCCAUCCGCGAAUCAACAACAGAGAUCGUCGCAAAAUUGAAAAAGUCCCUUUCUUUGAUUCUCUAUCGGGGAUCUCCGUUGAAAUUCUUCGGUUAAGGAACUGAUAUUUGAAGUUGAAAAGAAAUUUGAUCGGGGAUUCGUCCAAGAUGGAACGGAUAUCGUCGCGAAUCGAAACGCGUCAUGCUAUUCCGUUCGCGUCUCGCGCAGGAACGAGACACGAAGGAUUUCGUAUUUUUAUACAAAUGUGAGAUGUAUGUACAAAAGAUAUUCCGUGUAAGAAGCGACAUCGUGUUUGUAACGCAAAUUAUAACGCAGAUGAUGAGAACCUCUGUUUGCUUUGAUCGAGCAAAAAUUUGACCAAAAUGAGAGAUUUUUUGUGCUAAAGAAAAGGUAAAGAAUUCAGAUCUAUGGUACUUUUUAUCGUUGUGGCACAUUCUCGAGUGUCAAAAAUCUCUUGCAUAUCGUCUAUAUUUGUCUGUUCAAUUUAUGUAGAAAGUACCAUACUAAAGAAUCGCUGCAAAACUCCUUCGUUAUUUAUUUACGAUCGACACGAGAUAAUUCUCCGAAACGUCGACAUUUAUCCCUCGAAGUUUAAGGGGCCAUUUUGUAUCUCCCACGACGUAUAUACAUAUGUGUAAAAAUUCUGUAUAAAGUUUAUCCACUCGGUGACAGCGUAUGCGUGAACUGACUCUUUGAGUCGGAUAAUAACAAAAGAAUAGUCGUUUGAUUGAUUUGAAAAAGUACAAAACACAGGUAAAAUUACUUGGAACUCUGAUCGAACGCUUUGUGUUCAAAAUACAUGUGCAUCUCGGACGAUAAAGUUUGAGAAUUAUUUUUGUUAUUCACCGGACCACAUAGAAACUAAAGAGAACCGAAUUUAAAAAAAAAAAAAAAAAAAAACAGGGUAUAUUUACAUAUGUAUGUAUACAAGGUAUUUUUGUUACGAAUUCUCAGCGUCUUUUUUUUCGUAAACGAUAGAUUUUACGACGAAAGAGAAACAAACAGAAAACGCGUGUCCUAUUUUUCUCACGAACCUACCGCUUGUUAGAAAAACACUGGCGUCUAAUACAACAAAUUUACCUUGUAUAUAUAUAUGGUUAAGAAGGCGAAAAAAGGAAAGUACAAUAAUAUAUUUUGUUGUAAAUGUAUCACGAUAAUAAGCUAUUUGUAAAUGUACGUGUCUAUAGAGAAACAACGUGUAUUAUACCCGUGUGUAUGGCAUCGAAAUCGAUAUAUUUUACGAUCAUGAUCGUGUUAGAUGGAUUAUACAUAUGUAUGUAUACAUAUUAUACGUAUUAUACAUAUAUUUAUUGAAACAUAGGAUUCAUAUACAUUCCGAUGAAUUAGCCGAAUCCCGAUAAACGUAUCUGCAGGCUAUUACGUAUUAAGACAAUAACUUUUCUCACGUAUGAUUGUAAAUUAUGGUAUAAAAAUUUGAGAAUUAUAUACAUAUUCAACGUGCAAAUAAAGGUUCCUAAAAACAGCGAGA